AUGGAUCCCACCGCGUACGGAGGUCACGCCCAAGGCUCGUCAUCUGGAGGAGGAAGUAUGACGCCUUCUACUAUGCCUACGAGACCAAUGGGUAACAUGCCGGGAGACGGGAGCAUGCCGGUGAAGUUGACUCCCAUCACCGGCCGUGUCAGUCGAGCGAAGAAAGGCGUUCCGGUUCAUACCUGCGAAACAUGUAAACCGCCCAAGACAUUUACGAGGGCGGAACACCUUAGACGCCACCAACUGAGCCACAAGACGCCUGGAUUUCCAUGCACGUAUUCAGGUUGUGAAAAGGCAUUUCACAGAGCCGACUUACUCGCUCGUCACGCCCAGAGACAUGACCAUGAUGAUAAGGGAUCGUCGGGAGGCAUGAGCCGGCCGCCAUCUGCCGGCACCUUGGAUGAUCCAAGCUCUGGGCUAAGUUACAUGACCCAUAGUCACUCAUCCAUGGGCAGGGACUCUGGUUCUCGCUCCGGUAUGCCUGGUCCGUCCGACAAUUCUUCCGGCACCUCUUAUCCCGGCGGUAUGCAGUAUCAGAUGGGCGGCCAAGGUAGUACUAGUGGAGGGACCUCGAUGUCCCCGUCACAUCAUCCUGGCCGCGGUGAUAGCUAUCAGAAUUCGCCCAAUCCCGGCCAGAAUUAUAUGCUGUCUUCUGGGUUGAUCAACCAAACCCCAAGCAUUGGAGGCUCUCCGGUCACAGUAUUCCUCCAGGUCUUGUUCAUGCUGGUCACGAUGGUUCGCCCUGGCCAUCUUCUGCUUCGGAAAGUACUUACUCUACCCUUCGGAGAUCGGCCACAGGAGACACAAUAUGAACACUCAGGGAGUCCAGGCGGCGGGCUCGAAGUCGCCACCACGGCCGCUUUCUUUGGAACGGCCUUUUCUUCAACAGCAUCGAAUAUCGAUCAAGCGUUGAACCUGCCGGUCCCGUUUUCAGACGAACAAUCCUUCGUCGAUCAGCAAUAUCAUCCCUAUUCUUCAGUUCCGUCGGCAGGAACUCGCCAGAAGGGCUCGACGAUGCUCCUGGGAACACUCCAGGGGACAGCCUUUCUAACCGCGAAUACCCUGCCGCCGCACGUCCGGAACGCCAUCCCGAAGUACCUACAAGCGUACUGGAAGAGCUUCGACACACUCUUUCCGGUGGUUCACCGCAAAAGCGUCAAAACAGCUGCCGACGAGGUCUUGCGUUGUGCCAUGGCUGCCGUGGGCGCGCAGUAUCUCCAAGGUAAGGAUGAUCGUAUAAGAGCAAACGAGUUGCAUGAAUUUGCUUGGAAGGAGGUCAAGACUUGUACGAAGUGGAACCUCCAAAUCAUGCAGACGAUCAUUCUUUGCGAGUUUUACGCGCGGUUCCGUGGACGGAGUGUCCUUCGACACCCCUCGGAGUCCUUCCAGUCGCUUUACUCUCGGAUGGCCAACCACCAAAUACCGGACAAUUUCCUUUUCUCUAACUCAACGCGAAACGAACGAUGGAACGAAUGGAUCGAUAAUGAGUCACGACGCCGACUCUUUGCCGCUUGCUUUGUUUUGGAUGCCCACGCAUCCGUGUACUAUCAACAACAUGUAAUACAACAAUUUCCUAUGUCGACACGCCCUAUCCCCCUAAUUCGACCUACCGAAGAUCUCUGGGCCGCGCAAUCGCCGGAAGCAUGGGAGGCCCUCCUCGACACGAAACUAGACGCGGGACCUCUAAACCAUACCGGCGAGACCCCUACUGCGGAACAGGUGAUGAACGCUCGAUAUCUCGACCGUGCCGUAGCGUCUCCCCAAGUCUUCCAACAGCACAAGAAGCGCCUGCAGCUCUGGUGCGGGAGCCCUCACGCCAAUGCUGCCGCCGGAUUUGCCGCCAAGGCUCUCCUAGCCUUCCUCGACGGCAGCGAGUCUCGACUGGAACAUGCUAGACAUCUCGGACUACUGGGCGGUGUACGUGUGCGCGCUAAUCUGCUGGGCACUCGGAUACCGCUCGGCCGGAAUGCCUACUCUGGCUCCGGAUCGGAUUGCACGUCUCCUCACCACGACCACGAUAAUGCUAAUGCCGGGGAGCGCGAAGCUAUGCGCUGGCUGAAGACGGUGGCCGCUGAGGACUCGGCGCUCGGGGCGCGCAGCCGGCGCGAGUCUAUGGGCGUUAUUAGUAUGGUCCGACGCAGGCUCGAAGACGAAGCUGUUGGCGCUAAGAGCCGCUUGCUGGUUGAUGCCGUGGGCACGCUGAAGAAGAUCGAGGAACGCGCUGGGUAUAAGUGGUUCUGA